GUCUGAUAUAGCGGCCUGAGGCAUCAAGUGACCGAUCCACUCUAUCAAACUGUCUGCUUGUCUGACAUAUGCAGACAUAGGUCAGAUCGAUAUACCCAUUUAGUUUGACUUCAUCGACAACACUUCCUUGGUAAGAUUACACUUCCAACCAGAGUUAUACAGAGUCAUGCAAAUCCGAGCCUAUCGCAAGGCGGGAAGAGGGGGCAGAAUGACGACGAUGUGAAUCAACAGACCGGCCGAUGAUCAGCGAAGAUCUGAUCUUCUCCAACCGCUCGGACAGUUUUCUAGAUCUGACACGCGGUGUUCGGUUCAAGCGUCUUGGGUAGAACGAACUGGCGAAGCGCCCCCGAAUUCUCCAACUCUGCUCACUGUCAUAUCUGUCGGUCUUCCCCGCAGCGGGGUUAUCAGAAUCGGUCAUCAGAGUCACUCAGACUGGUCGUACAGUCACCACACGAAAUGCCCUUCUCCCAUCACAGCCACUCGGGCCAGUUCUGCCCCGGCCAUGCCAAAGACUCCCUGGAACAGGUCAUCCAGCUGGCCAUCGCCAAAGGAUUCGAAGUCUUCUGUCUGACGGAACACAUGCCACGGGAUGAAGUUGACUUUUACCCCGAAGAGAUCGAGGCUGGGAACACAGUCGCAGAGAUGGUCACCAACGAGGCCGCCUACAUUGCGGAGGCCCAAAGACUGCGCGCUAAAUACGCCUCGCAGAUCCAGAUCCUGAUCGGGUUUGAAACGGACUGGAUCCGACCCUCGUCGUUCACCCUCAUCCAAGAAGCCCUCUCCCGCCAGCCGUUCGAAUUUUUUGUCGGAUCGAUUCACCACACCAAGACCGUCCCCAUCGACUACGACCGCCCGCUGUACGAGAAGGCCCGCGAGCUGGCCGGGGGAACGGACGAACUGGUUUUCGAGGCGUACUUGGACGAGCAGCUCGACAUGCUGCAGAAGCUGAAGCCGCUGGUCGUGGGCCACUUCGACCUGAUCCGGCUGAAGAGCGACGAUCCUGACCGGAGCUUCCAGACCUGGCCGGGCGUCUGGCAGAAGGUGCUCCGGAAUCUGGACUUUGUAGCGAGCUACGGGGGCAUCUUGGAGCUGAACUCGGCGGCGUUGCGGAAAGGCAUGAAGGAGCCGUAUCCCAGCGGAGAGAUCUGUCGGGAAUUCUUGGCCCGCGGAGGCCGGUUCUGUCUAUCCGAUGAUAGCCACGGGUUGGACCAGGUCGGACUGAAUUUCCACCGGGUGUUGGCAUUCGUCGAGCAGGUGGGGAUCGCGAAGCUGCAUUAUCUCGCUCUGGGGGAUGAGGGCGUUGAUGCGCGAUUUCCGCGGACUUGUGUCCGGGAGGUCAGCGUGGAGGAAUUAAAGACGAGGCCAUUUUGGGCUGCAUAUGCAUAGUAAUACAUUGGGUAGAUAGAUAAUUUUCAGGGAUAUUCUUGUAUUGG